AUUACUAUUGAAUACUGUAAUGCUAUUGUUUCGUGUAAAUUGUUGUAUCCUAUUAUAAAAUUAUCACAAGUUCAUAGAUUCAUCAAACAAAAUUGACGAGUAUAUUGUAUGAUUAUUAUGUACUUCGAAGUGGAAUCUGUUCAAAAAUAUCCGACUACAAACAUGAAUAAGUCAGUGGAAGAUUUGUUAAUAUCUAGUCGUGAAGUCAUGACUAAUGUAAAUUCCACGGGUUUAGAAAAUCAAAAUCCAACAAUGAAUACAGGAAAUGGUAUAUCAGAUAAUAUUCAAGAAACAUUUACUGGAGGAAGUGGUGAGAAAUGUAGUCCAGUUUCAAGCCCAAAUUUAUCUCCACGUCCUAGCCCCAAAGUACGUAAUAAAAGAGAUCACUCCAAAACAAAUCAUGAUUCAAAUACCAAAGAAUCUAAUAAUGUGAAUAAAUUGGAUGAACAUCAGUUACAACAACAAGAUAUAGCAAACAAAUCAUCAGACUCUUCUCAAACUGUAAAAAGUUCACAUGAAGGAAAAAAGGAAACACGAAGUAGUGAACGAAAUAAAAAAAAGUCUUGGUAUCAUGUUUUAUAUCCAACUUAUAAAUCUAGAUCUGAUGAUUUCAAGCGAAUAUUUAAAGAUGUACCAAAUGAUGAAAGAUUAGUUGUUGAUUAUUCAUGUGCACUACAGCGUGAAAUAUUAGUUCAUGGAAGACUCUAUGUGUCUCAAAAUUAUAUAUGUUUCUAUGCAAAUAUCUUCAGUUGGGAAACAUUAGUAUGUUUACGUUGGAAGGAUGUUACAUCUAUUACCAAAGAAAAAACUGCACUUGUGAUUCCUAAUGCAAUUCUAAUAUGUACUGCCACUGAUAAGUUCUUUUUAACAUCUUUUGGUGCAAGAGAUAAAACAUAUGUAAUGUUGUUCCGUGUAUGGCAAAAUGCUCUUAUUGGUGAGCCAAUGAAUGCACCUGAAAUGUGGCAACUUGUACAUUCUUGUUACGGAGAUGAAUUGGGUUUAACAUCGGAUGAUGAAGAUUAUGUUCCACCAUUACCACCAGCUGAUGAAGAGAAGCUAUCAACAAGAUUAUCAGUAGAAUCAUUCUCUGAGGUAGAAAGUAGUAAUGUAGAACAUACAGUGACUGGAAUGUCGGAUGCAGUUAAUGAAACUAAAGCAGAAAUUCAUCAUUUACCUCGACCAGAUCCUAUUAUUGAUGCAACUGACCUAAGUGACACAACAGAAAGUGAAGCUGAAAAGCAUGCAUUAAAAUUAGGUAUUCGAAGCAAUGUAGUAUGUACUUCACCACAUGAAGGUCGUCAAGUAGGCAAGGCUACAUUUCCUGUUCAUAUUGAUCAUUUAUUUACUUUAUUAUUUACAAAUUCAAAAUUCUUCUUAGAUUUUCAAACUGCUCGUAAAACUACUGACCUAGUACAAUCAGCAUGGACUCAAAACGAACAAACUGGCCAGAAAGUUAGAAAUUUAUCAUUUACAAUGGCCCUGACUCAAGCUGUUGGACCAAGAACUUCUGAUAUUUCCGAAACUCAGAUAAUGUUGCCAUGUAGUAGACCAGGUCAUUUAUAUAGUAUUGAUGUGGAAAGUGUAAAUGCUGGAAUUCCAUUUGCAGAUUCAUUUUCCGUAUUAAUUCAUUAUUGCAUUACCAGUAUUUCUGAGAAUGAAACAAAUAUCGCAAUUUAUGGGCAAAUAAAGUACAAAAAGAAUGUAUGGGCUUUUGUAAAAAGUGUUAUUGAAAAAAAUUGUUGGGCUGGAUUAGAUGAAUAUUUUACAAGCUUAAUAAAAGCAUUAUCUAUCGAAUGUGAAGAAAGUACUGGAAGUGGAGGAAUAAAGAGAAAAGCAAGAAGAAGACGUCGGGCUACAGGUCCGGGUAUUUCUUUGCAAACUCAUUCUUCAGAUCAUACGUCUUCCACUCUACAAAACUCUUUAAAUUUACCACAUAUGAAUGAUAAUACUGUUUCUGGUGCUCGAGGUGAUUCUAAUAUGAUAAUUAGUUCAAUGCUUUUAAUUGCUGUCUUGUGUCUUAUGGUAAUUAAUGGUUUAUUAUAUUAUAAAUUAUGGAGUUUAGAAGAAGCUGCAGCCUAUACUAUUAUGGAUUUACAUGUAUUAAAAAAUACACCAAAAACUGAGGAAGAUUGGAUUCACUUAUUACAACAACAAGAAAGUUUGCAUAAUAUAGAAAUGAGAAAAUGGCAAAGAGUAUUACAUACUGCUGCACAAUUGCUUAGACAAACAGAGGAAUCAUUAACAGAAUUACAAAUGAGUAUUCAUCCUACUGCAACAGAAAAAAUGUUUUCUGUUUUAAAACCAAAUUUAAAAAGCUUUAAUUCACGUACAGAGCAACAGAGUCAUUCAGAAAUAUAAAAAAAAUACAUGUAAAAAGAUCCUGAUAAAAGUAAUGUGAGUAUUAUAAUGCGAUAAGUUAUUAAAAGUCAUAAUUCUAGUAAACUUUAAGUGUACUUAAUAAAAAGGAUAUGACACUAAUUUAAUUCGGUACACAAGUGCGCUGUGAUGAUAAUGAUUCUUGACAACUUCAAAUGCGCAACAAUGCACAUGCAAAUUAUUUA